AUGACACCGGACCAGUUCUGUUCUCAAGACAUGCGGUUCGACUACGUCGUCGUCGGCGGAGGGACCGCAGGUCUCGUUGUGGCAUCUCGCCUCAGCGAAGACCCGGAGGUCAGAGUCGGUGUCCUCGAAGCAGGAGAGUGGCACAGAGACGUUGAGGCGGUCACUGUCCCGGGGCUGACCGGCACCACACUAGGGGACCCGAAUUAUGACUGGCGCUUCACGUCGGUUCCGCAGAAGUACUCCAAUGGCCGGCGGGUACCGCAACCUCGAGGCAAAGGCUUGGGGGGCUCGUCACUUAUCAACUUCACUGGCUUGAACAGAGCUUCCGCUCGUGAGUAUGAUGCCAUGCAGGAUCUAGGAAACCCAGGGUGGAAUUGGCAAGAGAUGUUGAAGUACAUGAAAAAGGGAGAAAGGACACAGCCACCCUUGGAGGAGCGGCAGGCUACUGCGGAAUCUCACUUGCUCGUAGACCCCGACCCUCGGUGGCACGGAACCUCGGGUCCUCUUGCUAAAGGGUACUCUACAUAUUUUCCAGCACUGCAUGUCCCUAUCGUAGAUGCUCUAGAGAGUCUUGGUGUCAAGAAGAACUUCGAGCCAAACGAUGGCACGAGCACCGUCGGUUCACACACUAUUUUCUCGUCGGUCGACCCGCAAACUGCAACCCGUAGCCACUCCUCCGCUGCUUAUUAUGAACCCUGCAAGGAUAGGCCGAAUCUCAAAGUCCUUCCCGGGUCGCUGGCUUCGCGUAUCAGGUUUCGUCAAGGGUCACAUCCUCUAGUAGCAGAGGGAGUAGAGUUUCUGAACGCUGGCAAGCAAUAUCUCGUUUCUGCUGAACGAGAAGUCAUCCUAUGUGCCGGCGCGUUUCAGUCGCCGCAAAUACUGGAGCUUUCAGGAAUCGGGAAGAAGGAGGUCCUUAGCAGUUGCGGUAUCGAGACACUCGUCGACCUACCUGGCGUUGGAGAGAAUCUUCAGGAUCACCCGUACAUCUGCACUGUCUACGAAAUUGAUGACAACAUCGAGACAAUCGAUGCCGCUGCGGAACCCGCUUGGUUUACUCAGCAGCGCAAGUUAUACGACGAGGAGUUGAAGGGUUAUCUUUCAUCCAAUCUAUCGCCGCUAUAUGCAUUCCUUCCCUCUAAGGCAUUCGCUUCUGUGGAGCAAGUCAAACGGUGGAAGGCCCAAUUUCAGACGUGUAUCCUAGACGCUCCGAGCGGUCUCAAGAAGCAACUCGCCAUUCAGUCAAAGUGGUUCCUGGAACCGGAUAGUCCCUCUGCCGAGGGAGAGGUUAUACCUUUCAACGGCUACUUUGUCACUCCCGGCCUGCCGAUCAAAAUGGAGCCAGGGAAACGCUAUUCCUCGAUGCUCUGUGCCGUUAUGAACCCUCUUUCCCGUGGCUCUGUCCAUAUCACCUCGAGCGAACCAACGGCACCCCCAGCCAUUGAUCCUAACUGCUUCUCAAACGCACUUGAUCUCGAGAUGCUCCUCGCAGUUCUCAAAUUCGCUCGUGAGGUAUACGAGACCAGCCCCAUUAGGCAGCAUGUCGUCCGACGAAUCAUGCCCACCGUGGAGGACUAUAGGACGGACGACACACUGAAGGAGUACAUCAAGAACGGCUUAGGGUGCGUCUAUCACCCAGUAGGUACUGCAGCAAUGAUGCCGCAGAACGACGGCGGCGUCGUGGAUCCUGAGCUGAAAGUGUACGGGACGAAGAAUCUACGGGUGGUUGAUGCCUCCAUCCUGCCAAUGCAAAUCGCAGCGCACACCCAAGCUACAGUGUAUGGGAUCGCAGAGAAGGGGGCCGACAUCAUCAAAGAGACAUACAAGCAAACACUCACUAGCUGUCUCUCGUCGUGA